AUGAAUAACCAUAGCAUCCCGCGUACAUCCAGCACAAAAUUUCUCGGAGUGAUAAUCAAGGACAACCUCUCGUGGGAUAUGCAUAUAGACUCGUUAUCGAAAAAAAUUAAUAAAACCAUAGGCGUAAUUAAAAUUAAAGAUUUAUUAAAACAGUCCGGUUAUGAAAAGAGGAAAUUACUACAGAUAAUCAGACGGGGGCUGUUUAAGGUUUUUGGUCACAUCAUGCGGAAAGAAAAAAUGGAAAAUCUAACAACUACUGGAAAGAUUGCAGGGAAAAGAAAUUGCGGUCAACAACAAAUAACAUUCGUGAAUGUUAAAGAUCGGGUUUUGUGGAGGUCGAUGGUCGCCAAUGUCCUGAAAGGAUAUGGAACGGGAAUGAAGAAAGAAGAUAAUCGCAAUCGGCACUGCAUUAACAUGAUUCUUUUCCAGAUGGCUGGAAAAACAUUCAUGCUCUGCUUUUAUGGGAAAAUUGAUAAAUACCGUACUUUAACAACGCGCUAA